AAAAAAACUUUGUGAAGUCUGGAAAAGAUGAAGAAAGGCAAUAACAUGAAGAACUCUUCCCCAAAUCAGUCUUCUGAGGGGCCUUCUGGCUUUAGUGAUAGUGACAUGAGCGCUGACGAGAGUUUCCCGUCUGAUAAAAGCAGAAUGGCGAGUUUGAUGCAAGAAAAGCGAGUUCUGAUGGUCGAACUCGAAACAUACAAAUUGAAAUGCAACCAACUUGUGGAGGAAAACAAAGCGCUUCGAAAAGCAAGCGUGAACAUUCAAGUAAAAGCAGAGCAGGAGGAAGAGUUUAUAUCAAAUACUUUGAUGAAAAAGAUACAAUCACUCAAGAAGGAAAAGGAAUCAUUAGCAAUGAAUUAUGAACAGGAAGAAGAGUAUUUGACCAAUGAUUUAUCUAGAAAACUAAUGCAGUUACGAAAAGAGAAAUUCCAACUGGAACAAACACUAGAACAUGAACAGGAAUUUCAAGUGAACAAACUUAUGCGAAAGAUUGAAAGACUAGAAGCUGAUGUUGUUUCAAAGCAGACAUGCCUGGAACAGUUGAGGAAAGAAAAAGUUGAUUUGGAGAACACAUUAGAACAAGAACAGGAGUCUCUUGUCAACAGAUUGUGGAAAAAAAUGGAGAGACUUGAAUCACAAAAAAGACAUCUUCAAGAAAGACUUGAAGAACCUGUUUCAGAGCCGCCGUCACCAAGAGAUAUUGAUGAUCCAAAUGACCUAACCAUAAAAACAAUGACAUCAAAAAUAAAGUCAUUAAGAGAUGAAGUUCGACGUCUUCGAGGUCAACUGCUUGCUUCAGAGAAACAACAUGCUGAAAAGAUGGCUGCUCUGGAAAAGGAGGAACGACAGAUUAAAGAAGAGAAUAUUCGUCUACAACGAAGGCUUUUAUUAGAGCAAGAGCGAAGAGAGAAUUUGGGAAGGCAGUUGUCAGAGAGCGAAUCUAGUUUAGAGAUGGAAGACGAGAGACAUUUUAACGAGUACACAUCAGCUCAAUACAGUCAUCGCGAAAGAACGCGGUCACUAUCCCCAGUUCAUUGUGUAGCCUUUGGGUUUUCGUCGUCUUCGCCUCGUUCCAGUCUUCACUCGUCUACCAGCAGCCUAGCAUCACAGAGUCUGCCUACAAUGGGAACAUCUCCGCCAACCGGGAGACAUAUUAAACAUGCCAGCCCAAAGCCAAGUAAACCGACAAGCGGGGGAGCAGGCUCAUCAAGUACGACGGUGUAACAAAGACAAUAUACUCUCCCCUCCCCCCUCACAUGCAAUAUAGAGUUAUCAAAGAAAAACCUAAAAAAUGUAAAUAUAACAUCAUUGGCUAAAGUCAGUGAGGAUUCUCACAAUAUCACUACGUAUAAAGACGUUGAUAUUUUUUUCGUGUAAAUACUGUAUAUCUAGGCUGAAGUAGCAAUUAUACAGUUUGAAAUUUGUGGUUUGUGAUGGUAAACAAAUACCAUUAAUUCUUACAUACAUAUUCUAACUUAAUAACGACUUCGUUAAAUCUACAAAAGGUCAGUAGAGCAAUGUACAUAUAACAUAUGUUUUAAAUGUUCACCUGUAGAUAAGUGUUACCUACUGAGCGAUCUGACUUGCGUUUCGACCUAAUGGGUUAAACUUUACAGAUGUGGCAAAAUUAAAAAUCAAAAUAACGAGUCCUCCAAAGAAAAACUUUCUCAUCUACCUUUUUAUUUUGUUAUAUAAUAAGAGAUGUACGAUCAAAACUUUAAACUGUUAAAACCCAUAUCUUUUACAAUGUGUAUAUGUAUGUUGUUUAAAAUGUAUAGUAAAUGACAUGAUAUAAUUUACAUUAAUAAAAUUUUUACAUGCA